AGAGCUGUGAAGAGCAGAAGGAGCAGGGUGGCAGUAGAGGAGAGGCAGAAGCCGGGGAAAAAGGAGUGCACAGUUUUGGAGAGCAGAGUAGAUGUAAGAUGCCUCGUAGGGACAGCUACUCUCGCAAAGACCUGAAGGUGUUGCGCCUCAGUUGAGGAUGGCGGGAGAUUCCAGAAUUCUAAUGGAUCACAACAUGGAGAUAGGUGUCACACCUGCACAGGUAACAAAGCUUCCUAAACACUUGCGGGAGGCACAGAUCUCGACAGAACGAACUCACUUGAUAUCUGACCCUGCCAAGAAGCCUCGUCAGCGAUACGUGCAAAAGGACGGCAAGUGUAACGUUCAUCAUGGAAACGUGCAAGAGACCUACCGUUACCUCAGUGACUUGUUCACAACACUAGUCGACCUCCGCUGGCGUCUUAGUCUCUUUAUUUUCACUCUGGUCUAUGUCAUCAACUGGCUUUUCUUUGGCUUUCUAUGGUGGCUGAUUGCGCUCAUCCGUGGGGAUCUUUUGCAUUCAGAUGAAGAGGGCUGGACCCCCUGUGUGGAGAACCUGAACAGUUUUGUCUCGGCCUUCCUUUUCUCCAUUGAAACAGAGACCACAAUUGGGUAUGGCUAUCGUGUCAUCACGGAAAAAUGCCCAGAAGGCAUAAUACUACUUUUGGUCCAGGCCAUACUAGGCUCCAUUGUAAAUGCCAUGAUGGUUGGCUGCAUGUUUGUCAAGAUCUCACAGCCAAAGAACCGCGCCGAGACCCUCAUGUUCUCACACAAAGCUGUCAUAUCGGUGCGAGAUAACAAGAUGUGCCUGAUGUUUCGGGUGGGGGACCUGAGAAAUUCUCACAUUGUGGAGGCCUCGAUACGAGCAAAGCUUAUCCGCUCUCAGCAGACAAAGGAGGGGGAGUUCAUCCCUCUCAACCAAACUGACAUAAACAUCGGCUUUGACACGGGAGAUGACCGCCUGUUCCUGGUGUCGCCACUCAUCAUCUCGCACGAGAUCAACGAGAAGAGCCCCUUUUGGGAGAUGUCCAUGGCACAAAUGGAGAAAGAGGAAUUUGAGAUCGUUGUCAUCCUUGAGGGCAUGGUGGAGGCCACAGGGAUGACGUGUCAAGCAAGGAGUUCCUAUCUGGACACAGAGGUGCUUUGGGGCUAUCGUUUUACACCAGUUCUCUCUUUGGAGAAGGGCUUCUACGAAGUCGACUACAACAACUUCCAUGAGGUCUACGAGACCAAUACCCCUUCAUGCAGCGCUAAGGAAAUGGCAGCAAAGCUUCGAGAUGGGCCGCUAUUGCCUCAACUGUCACUUCUGAGCCCUGAACCAAAAAGUCAUACUUUUGGCCUGUCUGACUUGGACCCAUUAGGCCAGAAUGAGGACAAGGAGGAGAGAGAGUCAGGAGAUGAUAAGGGAGAGACUAAUGGUUCAGCAGCUACUUUGGAGGAGAUGCCCUUUGCUGAUGGACUGACUGGCUGAUAAACUAUUAUCUAAAAACUUCACUGAGAGUACUGAACAAUAUUAUAUUUAAGUUGCUCAAUGGCCAGCUUGUUCCAUUUCAAGGCUUGGAAAAACAAAAUACUUUUCUUCUGCCUCCGAACCAUGCAAUACUCCUACACAGUACUAGAGUGUCAAUCUAUAGUUUAGAUUGCUUUUUAGACAUAUACUGUAAAAAAAUGACUCACAGAGCAUCUAUAGCUUCACUUAAAAGUUGGUGGCAGCGAUUGUCCUUUUAUAAUACUAUGAGAAUAUCCACUUUCCGCUUUUGUAGCUUCCAGUGUUGUACAAACAAAGAUGACAUGCCAAGAAAACACUGUAUUCAUAUACUGUGUGAUGGGCUUAAAUUUUUGCACACCACUUACUUAAAGACCCUGUAAAGUGGACAGAGUGAUUUGUUUCGAAACACAUUAAAUAGGCUACGUUGAAACAUAAUUGCUUAAAAAAAGGGAAAGACUGAGCACAAUUAAGUGCAGAAAUAUGUAUAAAGUACUGAGCACCAAAAUUCUGUCUGUGGCUGUGCGACACAAUUGUGAGUAAAUAAUAACAGUUAGAUAGCGUUUAGUUAUCAAGCUAAGGUAAAAAUGCAACACACGUCAAGUGUUGUGUGUUACUGAUUCAUUGUAUGGACACAAACAUGGCGGUUAGAGCAAGGUGCAAGCAAAUCAAAGCUAGGAAGCAAUUUGGAUGUCCUGCAAUUCAGCAAAACAGCUUGCUUGCUCACAUUCUAGCUGGCUUGCGGACCAGCAGAUGAGCUAUCCGUUUCACCACCACCGCCUUGUGGCACAUGUAUUUCGGUCUUUGACUCACACAACAACAGACAUUGUCAGGGUUCUUAACUCUCAUGCAUUUUGCGUAUCCCACACGCAUUCCAUGCCAUUCUCAUGCCCUAUGCCACACCUUGCAUUUCUCAUACCCCAAAAAAUGAAACUCGACCAUUGUUAUGAUAACAAAAUAAAACAAAUUAUUUCUGGAUUCUUAGCGGAUUCACAGACGUCUUAGUUUAUAGCAAACCGUUUUAACAUGGCUAAGAUUUUAACUGAAUUGUGAGAAAAUGAUAGUAAAAUUAGUGCAUCUCUGACAUUUACAGUGGGGAGAACAAGUAUUUGAUACACUGUCGAUUUUGCUGGUUUUCCCACUUGCAAAGCAUGUAGAGGUCUGUAAUUUGUAUUAUAAGUUCUCUUCAACUGUGAGGGACAGAAUCGAAUAGAAAAAAACAGAAAAUCACGUUGUAUGAUUUUUAAAUAAUAAAUUUUCAUUUAAUUGCAUGAAAUAAGUAUUUGAUACAUCACAAAAAUCAAACUUAAUAUUUGGUAGAGAAACCUUUGUUUGCUAUUACAGAUACCAAACAUUUCCUGUAGUCCUUGACAAGGUUUGUACACACUGCUGCAGGGAUUUUGGCUGGCCCACUCCUCCAUGCAGAUCUUCUCCAGAGCCUUCAGGUUUCGGGGCUGCUGCCGGGCAACACGGAUUUUCAGCUCCCUCCAUAGAUUUUCUUUCGGGUUCAGAUCUGGUGACUGGCUAGGCCACUCCAGGACCUUAAGAUGCUUCUUACGGAGCCACUCUUUAGUUGCCUUGGCUGUGUGCUUUGGCUCGUUGUCAUGCUGGAAGACCCAGCCACAACCCAUCUUCAGGGCUCUCACUGAAGGACGGAUGUUGUCAGCCAAGAUCUGGCGAUACAUAGCCCCAUCCAUCCUCCCCUCAAUACGGUGCAGUCGUCCUGUACCCUUGGCAGAGAAGCAGCCCCAAAAAAUUAUGUUUCCUCCCCCACGUUUCACGGUUGGGAUGGUGUUCUUGGAGUUGUACUCAUCCUUCUUUUUCCUCCAAACACGACGAGCCGAGUUUAGACCAAAAAGUUCCAUUUUGGUCUCAUCCGACCACAUGACCUUCUCCCAUUGCGCCUCUGGAUCAUCCAGAUGGUCAGUGGCAAACUUCAGACGUGUCUGGACAUGCACUGGCUUCAGCAGCGGGACCUUCCGUGCACUGUAGGAUUUUAAUCCAUGACGGCGUAAUGUGUUUCCGAUGGUUUUCUUCGAGACUGUGGUUCCAGCUCUCUUCAGGUCAUUGACCAGGUCCUGCCGUGUAGUUCUGGGCUGAUCCCUCACCUUCCUCAUGAUCAGUGAUGCCCCACGAGGUGAGAUCUUGCAUGGAGCCCCAGAACGAGGCUGGUUGACCGUCAACUUGAACUUCUUCCAUUUUCUAAUAAUCGCUCCAGCAGUUGUUACCUUCUCACCAAGCUGCUUGCUUAUUUUCCUGUAGCCCAUCCCUGCCUUGUGCAGCUCUAUUAUUUUAUCCAUGAUGUCCUUACACAGCUCUUUGGUCUUGGCCAUUGUGGAGAGGUUGGAGUUUGUUUGUUUGAGCAUGUGAACAGGUGUCUUUUAUACAGGUAACAAGUUCUAACAUGUGCAGUUACUUCCGGUAAUGAGUGGAGAA